AUGGCUCUAUCCUCCUUUUUCCGCAGUCCACCAUUGGUAUUCACAACAUCUGUUGUGCUAAGAGCCGUUUUCCUGAUAUACGGACUCUGGCAGGACGCCAAUUCGCCUAUGAAAUAUACCGACAUCGAUUACUAUGUCUUCACUGAUGCUGCUCGCUACAUCUCGCGCGGCCAGUCCCCUUACGCACGAGACACGUAUCGUUAUACGCCUCUGCUUGCAUGGCUCAUAUAUCCUACUGUAUGGUCUGGACAGUUCUGGUUCUCCUUUGGAAAGAUCCUGUUUGCGAUUGGCGAUGUGGCUACGGGAUGGAUGAUGUUCCACAUCUUGAAAGAGUACAAGAAGAUGAGCGAUGAAAGAGCCUUGAAGUUUGCAAGCAUCUGGUUGCUCAAUCCAAUGGUUGCGACUAUCAGUACAAGAGGUAGCUCCGAGGGGCUGCUAGGGGUCUUCGUCACUGCGCUGUUAUGGGCGGUGCUGGCAAAGCAGAGAUCGCUCGCUGGGUUCUUGCUCGGAUUUGCAGUACAUUUCAAAAUUUAUCCAUUCAUUUACGCAGCUUCUAUCGUCUGGUUUCUCGAUGAUACUCAGAUAGAGGCGGAAGGAGCUGCUCAGGCGCAAUCGGCGCCGUCGCUUUUCGGCCGGGUGCGCAACUUUCUCAACCCUGCGAGAAUAUACCUUGCGCUCUACAGCCUCCUUACAUUUGCGAGUCUGAACCUUCUCAUGUACAGCAUGUAUGGGUGGCCGUUCCUUGAACACAGCUAUCUCUACCAUGUGACGCGUAGCGAUCACCGCCAUAACUUUUCGCCUUAUAACGCGCUUCUCUAUCUGAAGUCCUCGCCAAAGCCUACCAAUGUGGGACCUGCAACACAGUCCUUCGGAUUGGAACGUCUGGCGUUCCUUCCACAGCUGCUCCUCAGCGCUGUAUUCACGCCUUUGGUGCUAGCAAAAAAAGACCUCCCAAAUACAAUGUUAGCGCAGACCUUUGCAUUCGUUACCUUCAACAAGGUCUGCACAAGCCAGUACUUCCUCUGGUACAUGAUGUUCCUCCCAUACUAUCUUCCGGACUCGACCCUUCUCCAAUCUUCGUCUAUCGGCAUUCCUGCGCUCGUCUUCUGGAUCGUGGGCCAAGUUGCCUGGCUACAACAAGGCUUUCAGCUCGAGUUCAACGGCUAUUCGACCUUUGUUCCAGGACUCUGGGUAUCUAGCAUAAUCUUCUUCCUUGUCAAUUCUGUAAUCUUAGGUAUCAUUAUCUAUGACACUAAACAGAGGAGACCGCAUGGAAAUGUUGUGGUAGGGAAGAGAGCUUUAUAG